UUCUACAACCAAACUUUAAGUUUGAAAUUUACUUCAAAAUUCUAAAUUAUGUUUCGGUCGAUUAUAUUCUUCGCAGUGUUUUUGUGCGUAAAUGGUGAAGGAAAAUUUGAUCCCACAAAGGUGGAUUAUUGUAAGUUAAAAUGUAAUAAACUAAAAUCUACUGGUUGCGAUUGCAAACAACGAGGAACUCGAAGCGAAAUUUUAGAGAAAAUGAUAGAAUUUCGUCAAUUAUGUGUGGACUAUCAUAAUUACUGGCGAAAUUUCCUUGCUUCUGGUAACGAAACUCGCGGCUUUGCCAAACCAGCUGCCAACAUGGUGGUCAUGAACUAUGACAUGGAGCUUGAAUACUUGGCACGAUGUUGGGGAAGAGGCCUUUUUAACGGAUAUCACGAUAAAUGUAGAUUGAUGAGCAACGGUAAAAGAGCAGGACAGAAUAUCGCUGGAGUAAAUGUUAAAGACCCCAGUAUGAAUAGGGUAAAAAUUGGCAUCAGAGUAGCUUGGUAUGACGAAGUCAAAGACAUGCAGGAAGAUAUUUAUGAGAAACUCAAUUCAGUGGAAAAGUAUAACAUUGGACACUUUACAGCAAUGUGUUGGUGGAGUGCGAAUCGUGUAGGUUGUGCUCGAAUUUAUACAGCAGAUACAAAAAAAGAAAAAUUUAUACAUCCGAUUUAUGUAACAGCGUUAAUUUGCAACUAUUGUACGAAGGAUCUUAAAGGAGUAAUUAACUUAAUAAACGGGCGGAUGUACAUCCAAGGGCCAGCGUGUACCAAAUGUCCCGAAGGUGAAAAAUACAACAAAUGCAACAAGAACUUCACCUCUUUGUGUGGGGAAUUAGAACCGGUGCCGACCGAAAAAGAGUGGGAUUUUGAUAAAGCUAAAGCUCCAAAACACAAAUCCUUUCCAAUAGUCAUUUUCAUUGGUUUAUUGGUGGUUUGUCUCUUCUAAGAAACAAACUGUUUGAAUUUUCUGAUGCUUUUGUAACGACAAAUUCAAGUAUUUUGUAAUAAAAAUUUCUGGGAAAAUAAACCAUG